AUGAGUUUCGUCGCUCGCCGGGGUCUCUCGACCCUCAUCCCUCCCAAGGUCGCUUCGCCGAAUGCUAUCGGCGCGGCCCCCGAUGCCGUCCGCAUGAAGCGCGUCGUUAACUUCUACGAAAAGCUUCCCCGGGGCCCCGCGCCUCCGAUCAACGCCACCGGCAUCCUCGGUAGAUACCAGGCCAAGUACUUCGGCGCGACCAACAACCACAAGCCUAUCGUCCACGCUAUUGUAUUUCUCCUGGUCAUCGGGUACCCCUUAACUUACCACUUCCAUCUGCGCCACCACAAGAACAACGCUCAUUAA